UAUACAAGGUCAUAAUAGAGCAAUGAUAGAUGUUACCAAUGAGGCUCAGAGCCACAAUUCACAAAGUCAACCAAUUAUUGAUGCUGAAAUUCAAAACUACAUUAAUGCAAAAUGGAUUUUUGCAUCCAAAGCA